AUGGUGAAGAGUGAAGGAAACGUUACGUUAGCCAUCGACAAAGACAAAGAAAGCCAGAGUGCGUUGAAAUGGGCAGUGGAAAACAUUCUAAGACGAGGACAAACGCUUACUCUUCUUCAUGUUAAACUCAAACAAUCCCCUUCUAUUCCUUAUUCCGGGUCUAACCCGAAUAAGCUAGGCGACGACGGGCCAGAAUUUUUUCUUCCUUUCCGUUGCUACUGUGCUAGAAAAGAUAUAACCUGCGUAGAUGUGACUGUGGAGGACUUUAGUGCGGCUAAAGGAAUACUUGAAUAUGUGCAAAGGAAUGCAGUCGAGACUCUAGUACUCGGUGCAUCCAAGAUGACUCUCUUGAGAAGGUUCAAAGCAGCGGAUGUUUCAAACACUGUCAUGAAAAGGGCUCCAAGUUUCUGUACUGUAUAUGCAAUCUCUAAAGGGAAAGUCUCGUCCAUGAGAUCAGCUACAAGUUCACUUCCGAUCCCCAAUUCUCGACAUAAUGUACACACACAUCAAACGAGUAAUCUGAAUGUUGAAAGGAGGCAAAGACCAAUGCAAAGAACACAUGAUGAGAUCGAGAUCAAGUCUCCUUUUAUGAGAAAAGGAUAUGAAGGCACAUACCAGCCAUCAAUGACAGAAUCUGACAUAUCAUUUGUGAGUAGUGGAAGACCAAGUGUGGAUAUCAUGUUUCCUUCGUUUUACGACAAUGUAGAUGUUCCACGGCUGUCACUCAGCUCUGAGUAUGAUGAGAAUCGAAUUAGUUUUGCUACAUCAUCCUCAUCUGAUAAGCAGUCUAUAGAUCUUGGCUCUUCAUAUGCAGCAUUCUCUUCAAGCUCACAAGAAAGUGGGAGGCAAUCAUGUUCACUAUCUAGCCAAGAUGAGAUUGAAGCGGAGAUGAGAAGGCUGAAAAUGGAGCUAAAACAUACAAUGGACAUGUAUAGCAGUGCCUGCAAGGAAGCAAUAUCUGCAAAGCAAGCGGCUUCUGAGUUACACAAGUGGAAAACAGAGAAAGAACAGAAAUUGAAAGAGGCAAGACUUGCGAAGGAAGCAGCAAUGGCAAUGGCAGAGAGGGAGAAAGAAAAGAGCAGAGCAGCCAUGGAAGCGGCAGCGGCAGCUCAGAAAAGAGCAGAACAAGAAGCUCAAAAGAAGAAGCACAUCGAAACCACAGAGGAAAAGAAGAAGUCAAUGUAUUCUUUAAUGUACAGAAAAUACCAAAUUGAGGAGAUUGAAGAAGCAACAGAAGAUUUCUCUCCUAGCCGCAAGAUCGGAGAAGGAGGCUAUGGACCUGUUUACAAAGGAACAGUAGAUUAUACUCAGGUUGCAAUAAAAGUUCUAAGACCAGACGCUGCACAAGGAAGGUCUCAGUUCCAACAAGAGGUUCAAGUACUUACUUGUAUGAGACAUCCAAAUAUGGUUCUUCUUCUUGGAGCUUGUCCUGAAUACGGAUGUUUAGUCUAUGAAUACAUGGCAAAUGGUAGCUUAGAAGACCGUCUCUUCAGAAGAGGAAACUCUUCAAUCCUAUCUUGGCAGCUAAGAUUCCGCAUUGCAGCUGAGAUCGCCACCGGCCUUCAUUUCCUUCACCAGAUGAAACCAGAGCCAUUAGUGCACCGUGACCUUAAACCGGGAAACAUUUUACUUGACCAGCAUUUCGUCAGCAAGAUUGCUGAUGUUGGACUUGCCAGGCUUGUCCCUGCAUCGGUUGCUGACACCAAAACGCAAUAUAGAAUGACGGCAACCGCUGGAACAUUCUGUUACAUUGAUCCAGAAUAUCAACAGACCGGUAUGUUAGGGACCAAGUCAGACAUAUACUCGUUCGGGAUCAUGCUUUUGCAAAUACUUACAGCUAAACCACCAAUGGGUUUGACUCAUCACGUCGAGAAAGCAAUCGAAAAGGGAACUUUCAAAGAUAUCUUAGACUCUUCGGUGCUUGACUGGCCAGUCGAAGAGGCCUUGGUUGCAGCCAAAAUCGGUCUACAAUGUGCAGAGUUAAGACGUAAAGAUAGACCUGACUUAGGGAAUGUGGUUUUGCCUGAGCUUAACAGACUCAGGGAGCUAGCUGAAGAAAACAUGCCACCUAUUAACUUCGGCGGAAACCAACGUCCUUCACCGAUUAGGAACUUGAAUAACACCCAAAAUCUAAAGCCAAUGUCCAGGACUUCACUACAGGAGAUUAUGAGUGAUCCACAACUACAGUAUGGAGCAGAUAACUCAAGUUUACAAAAUAGUUCUGGUUCCUGA